UGGCACAAAUGUCCAUGGCUCUUAUUCGCAUGGAAGUUGUUUGCAAUGCUGUAUUGGGUCGCGAUGUGGGUGGCCACCUUGGUCGGGGCGGCUAACAUAACGUACUGGGUUUACCUCACCAAUUGGGACGUGUUGGUUAUUCUUAUGUACCUCGUUGGUAGCUUUACUGUCACAGUGUAUGGCAUUGUGACAAAAGAACAAUGGAUCCAACCGACCGACACUGGUGUAAGGACAGUUUCAGGCGUUGUUGAUCCGCGAGAGGACAAAACGAUUACAACACCAGUGUUGCCUCUUCGUUGGUUCCAUAUGUUGAUAUGGCAGCUACAACUCGUAGCAAUGGGUUUAUCGUUUAUAGUCACAGUCCUGUACUGGACUCUAUUCAAUCCUAAAUUCAGCGUAUAUGAUUACAACAGUCAUGCCAUUAAUUUCGUCAUAAUGAUGCUUGACUUCAUCAUAAUAGCGAUUCCUACACGGCUGUUACACUUUGUGUACAUGGCGUUACUUUCUGCUAUUUAUUGUAUCUUUACGGCGAUUUUGCACGGCGCUGGCUACACAUCUCAUGUAUAUUCGUUCCUUAACUGGGCAACGAAUCCUGGGUUAUCCGCUGGUAUCUGCAUUGGAAUAACAUUCGUUGCUACUCCCCUUGUUCAGACAUUGUUUUGGUGUGUCUACCUGUUAAGAAACUACCUCGGUGAUAAAGUAAACCCAACUACGUCAAAUAUGACGUCACAACAUGUUAUUAUGACGCCACAAUACAGAUCUGUUGAAGCUGGAAAAGUCAAUCCAUCAUUUCAAUAACUUUAUUUACUUUUUUUUUAUCUCAAUGAACAAUACUUGUAUAUACUUAACUUAACAAUAAGUUCCAGAACCUUACCGUUAUUACCUCUUUAUUACGUCCUAAUCAAAUAUUCGAAUAUUUUACUGUAAAUAAACAAUGGAAUCUUGAACGUGAGAAAAAGGCAAUUCUC